AUGGCGGCGGAGCGGCUGAGCAGCGCGCUCGGCGGGUGGCGGCUGCACGACCUGGCCGCAGUGUGGGUGGACACGGUGUGGGACCUGGAUUUCACGGAGACCGAGCCUCUGGAUCCCUGCAUAGCAGAGGAGAUCACGGCUGAUGGGCUCCACACCUUUACCUGCCUGUACCGAGCUCUCGAGCCCUUUGCUACCGGGGACCAGGAGAGCAGAGAGAAUGUCUGGACCUUGUUUGCUGAGAACAGCCUGUCCCACCAGGCCCUGGUGGCUGUGCUGCAUCACUUUGUGCACAUGGGCCAGCACACCAAAGCGAACACGCAGCAGAGGGUGUUUGGUCUGCACUCAGCUGGGCUGUACCUGCUGCUGCUGGAGAUCCCAGGCAGCAUCGUCAACCAGGUGUUCCACCAAGUGAUGUUUGAUAAAUGUCUUCACACCCUGACAAAAUGCUGGCCUCAAGACCUGAGGAAGAGGAAGAAGGCACACACUCAAAGCUCUCAGCCCACUGCCAGAAGGAACAGAAAGAAAGGGAAACCAUGCAGGAAUGACAAUUCCAGUAUAGAAGAGAUGUUGGAAGAGGAGGAGGAAGAGGAUGCUGAGAAUGUUUAUUUCUCAGCAGAAGAUAUUCUCCAAGUCCGCAACGCCAUCUUCCUUCUUUUGAAAAACUUCCUAAGACUUCUGUCCAAGUUCUCCCUAAAAGAAAAGCCUCAGUGUGUGCAGAACUGCGUGCAGGUCUUUGUUGAGAUGACCAGCUUUGAGCCAGUGCUCCACGAGUUCAAGUUCUCAGCAGCCAUGGAUGUUAAUAAAGCCAAGUACAUUCCUGAGCUGGCCUAUUACGGACUUCACUUACUGUGUUCCCCUCUCCAUGGCACAGAAGAUAAGACCCUUCGAUGUGUGUUCCAGCAGCUCCUCAAUGUCAUUCUGAUGGUGGAGAGCAGGGGGGGUCCCAGGUGUGAGCCCCUUCCCAUCACAUCAGCCGUGACCAGCGCCAGGAACCAGGCUGUGAAAUUCAUCAGUUCUCUGGUAGACGAGCUGAAAGAAGCUGUUUAUUCUGUUCUGCGAAUAUUGCUCCAACAUAUCUGUGCCAAGGUCCCAGACAAGGCUGAUUAUCGCACCUACGCUGCCCAGGCCCUGGUGACCCUGAUGGACAAAUUCCCGUGUGCAGAGUUCGCUGAAUUCAUCGCUUGGCUUUAUAAAUACUCACUCAACCAAGUUUCCUACAGAGUGUUUGCUCUUGAUGUAGCCUUGGCUUUGUUGGAGCUGUCAGAGAGGAACCCAGACAGCUCCUUGUCUCUGGAUCAUCAGAAUUUCCUAAAGCACAAGUUUUUAGUGCAGGUCAUGGUGUUUGGCCGGUGCUCAGACAAAUCCCCCGUGGUCCGGAGCAAAGCUCUCAGCAGCUUUGCCCAUUGUCUCGAAAUGAAAACUUCUACCUUGGAGAGCAUUCAGGACUUGCUACAGAGCUCCUCUGUCCGCACAGUGUUGGAAGAAAACACAAACACUGCGAGCAUGACAGUCGGUGCAGAAGCUGUGUCCAACCAUCCACUGAAGACCUUACCAACUUUCAAAACUAUCGAGCUGGCAGACAGCAGUGACACUCCUGGGCCUGAUGGAAAAGAAGUCAUGGCCAUGCUGAGAGUGAGAGCUGGAGAUGAGAAAACCAGCGUGAGGAAAUCUGCUCUGCAGGUGUUACUGAGCAUCCUGAGGCACGGGGUGGUGCCCUGCACGGCCGAGGACGUGGGCGUGCUGCAGGAGCGCUGCCGGGACCCGGCGCUGUCGGUGCGGAAGCAGGCGCUGCACUCCAUCACCGAGCUGCUCCUGUCUCAGCACAGCAAUGUCCUGGUGCAGAAGGCCUGGUUGAACGGAGUGGUGCCCGUGGUGAUGGAUGCAGAAAGCUCUGUCCAAGAAAAGGCUUUGGAUUGCCUUGAUCAGCUCUUACUGCAACACAUAAAACAUUACAAUAAAUCCAGGAAUGGUGAUGGGAGGCAGGAGCUGGCGUGGGAUCUGCUCUCCCUGUUGUCUUCAGAAUGCCAGGAGCUGAGCCGUUACCUGAGCAAAGCCUUCCUUAUGUGGUCCAAGCAGCAAAAGUUCACCUCCACUUUCAUCAAUAAUGUCAUGUCUCACGUGGAGACAGAACAUUCCAGGGCAGCCUGGAUGCUGCUUGCCAAGGUGGCAGGUUCUUCCCCCAAGCUGAAUUACUCCAAGAUCAUUGAAACCUGGGACAGUGUCAGCAGGCAGCAGAACAUGAGCAGUGACACCGUGGGACACGUCCUGUGUGUCAUCGGGCACGUGGCAAAGCACCUCCCCAAGAGCAGCUCUGAGAGGCUGAAGGAGAACAUCCAGAGCUGGCUGAAGGAGUCUCAGUGUCCCCUGGAGGUGAUCAGCCCAGCUGUGGAGACCCUGCAGAAGCUCUGCCAGGCCUCUGCAGCUGCACCAGAGGAGGCACUGGAGCUCUUCAACCAGGUGUUUGGAGAUUUGGUAUCCACCUGUGAGAGCUUCAUCUCCAAUAUAGUCCUCAGAGAGGAUGGAGCAGGGCAGCUGCAGGAAGAUCUCUUGGUGAGACACCUCUUCCUCCUGGGCGAGGCUGCCCAGCUGUGCCCAGCCAAGGUGGACAAACGCAUCUUCCUUUUGGUUCAGUCCAUCCUGGCCUCUUCUGGCAGCGAGAACCAACCUUCCACAGACGGUGAGGACAUCUCCAGUUCCCAGCCGCUGUCCCAGUUCAGAGGCUCAGCCAUGCCUCCCGUGGUCAGGGCUCACGCACUCAUCACUUUAGGGAAGCUGUGCCUGCAGCACGAGGAGCUGGCCAAGAAGAGCAUCCCGGCGCUGGCGCGGGAGCUGGAGGUGUCGCGGGACACGGCCGUGCGCAACAACGCGGCGAUCGUGCUGUGCGACCUGUGCGUGCGCUACACCUCGCUGGGGGACAGAUACAUCCCCAACAUCUCCCUGUGCCUGCGGGACCCACAGCCCUUGAUCCGCAAGCAGACCCUCAUCCUGCUCACCAACCUGCUGCAGGAGGAGUUUGUGAAAUGGAAGGACGGUCUCUUCUUUUGGUUUGUCAGUGUCUUGGUGGAUCCAAACCCAGAUAUUGCCAGGUUUGCAGAGUACUGCCUGGUGCAUCUCUUGCUGAAGAAGAACCCCAUGAUGUUCUCCCAGCAUUUCAUCGAGUGCAUCUUCCAUUUCAACAGCUACGAGAAGCAUCAGAAGUACAACAGGUUCCCCCAGAGCCUGCGGGCGAAGCAGCUCUUCUCUCUGAAGGGGAAGGAUAACAAGGAGAAGAGGAUGAGGAUCUACACCUUCCUGCUGGACCAUUUCACGGAUGAGCAGAGGUUCAACAUCACCACCAAGAUCAGCCACAACAUCCUAGCUUGCUUUGUGGAUGAGGUCCUUCCUUUGGACCUGGAAGGCAGUGAGCUGCUCUCAGAUACAUUUGCAGUCCUCAGCUGCAAAGAAAUCAAGCUCUCAAGUAUGAGAUGCAGGCCUGAGGAACACAUUGAGCCUGACGAAGAUGAGAUGGCCGUGGCUGAUGCCGUCAUGCAGGUGGCCCAGAAAAAGCUCAUCUCGCAGGUUCAAAAGAAGAAUUUCAUCGAAAACGUCAUCCCAAUAAUCACAUCACUCAAGUCCUUGAUGGAGCAGAAGAGGAUCCCAGCUCUGAAGGACCUGAUGAACUGCCUGCGGGAAAUGAUGCAAGAUUACCGAAACGAAAUCAAAGACUUCUUUGCUGUGGACAAGCAGCUGGCAGCCGAGCUGGAGUAUGACAUGAGGAAAUAUGAGGAGCAGCUGGCCAGGGAGAAGGAGUCAGAGCAAGAGCAGCUCUCAGCAGCCCACGGGGAGGAGCAAUCUGCCUCUUUGGAGAGAGCUGCUGGCCAGGAUAAUGACAAUGCUCAGUCUCCUGUGAGUGGGAGGCUGUCCACACCAGGGUCCAUCUCUCCCUCUGGCCCUCCUGAGUUUGCCACACCUCGUGCUGAUGCUCUGAGGCAGCCACUAAUGCAUCGCAGGGCAGCAUCCCUGAGCACUCUGGCCAUCCUGAACUCUGCCAAGAAGGCAUCAGAAAAAUGGAGCAAGCAGCGCAGCAAGAGUGUGGGGAGGAGUUUAUCAGCUGCUGGCAGCCAGCAAGGGUCCUUCCAAAGCCUGAACCAACAGUCCAGUGGAGAAAACGUGGCUGUGGCGGGGCGAGCAAUCAGCACCCCAGAGCAGACCAUUCAGGACUUGACUUUUGGUGCUGGGGUCAGUUACAUCAGCUCAACGCACACACCCGAUUCAGCUCCAGCGAAGAAGGAUGAGGAUGAGCUCAGGGAUAUCAUCUGUUUGACACUGCCAGAGAAACUCCCAGCCCCGCCUCGGGUUUGGAAGGUGGAAUCCCCAGCCAGGAGGAGCAGCCAGCGAGCGCCCCUGAAACGAUCACAGCGCAGAGCCCCCCCCAAAACCUGACAGCUGAGCACAGAACCAGCAUGCUGCCUCCCCUCUGGAGUUCUGGGUGUGAAUGCACAUCCUUCCUUCUCUCUUCUCAGCUGCCUUUUCCCCAGAGCUGUCCUGGAGACGGGCAAAGCAGCACUGGGCUGCGUUGUCAGUGCUGCUCUUGGCAGAGGGCUCAGAGCUGCAGUGUAAAAGGAGGGUGGCUUUUCACCCUCAGGAUGUGUAAUUUGUCCAUUUGGAAAAGUAAGGGCAUAACAUUGCUACAAACUCGGCAAUAAAUGCGUUUAUCACAGCUUGCAGGGCAGUGAGGGGCUGGCUUUACUCAGCCAAUCCCUCAUUGCCCCUCUUGGUUAUAUAAUAGAGUUGCUUUAAUUUGAAUAAAGGUAAAACAGCUUGUCACUGCCACACCCCUAAAUCUGGUAAUUGCACGCUACAUCACCUCUUAUUUGUUGUGCAAACUCCUGUGUGUAUGAACAGCCUUAAUGUUCUUUUUAUAUGGAAUAUUUCCAUUCUUGAACUAUGUUAUUUCCAACUAUUAGCAUUUGAUGAAAAUAAAUGGUUGCA